AAUACUCAGAAAAAUUUCGCGUGUUGUAAUUUGUCCAAAUGUGUCUAAUAGCCAAAACAGUUAUUUGGUCAUCAAUUAAUCACGUUGAUAAAAAAAAAAGGUUAUUUUGUAUUUCAGAAAUCUGAUUUUACACAAGAUGAGUGCAGUAAAAAAACAAACAAUAGAUUGUUAACACCCAUUUUCUUUUAAAUAACAAUGCCCUUUCUUCUGAUCUUCCUAUGGAUACUGUAGUUUUGUAGAAAUCCCCAAAUGGAUUAUGAUGUGCCCAGCCCUGCUCACACUAAAGAAAUAAAUAAGUAAGAAUUGCCGUGCUAAUUUCUGAGCUCCAAGUCUCCAAUAACCUACAAUUUGAUUCGAUACGAGUGACUAUAUUAGUUAAAAAAAAUUCGUAGUUUCUUUAGCAGCAGAUCAUCUUUUUUGUUCCCUUUACCAUCUUAAUAAUUUAAUUGUCGUCUUACUUUUUCCCCGUUCCACUUCCACUAUAUAUAUUUUACAAACAUUCUGUAAAACCUUUAGAGGACUUGGGAUUGGUGAAAUGAUCCGUGUAUUUCGAUCUUGAUGCGCGUGGAUCGUGCGUAAUCGUGACAAAGCGAUAUCUCGAAUAGACAAUAACAGACUCCGAAUGGCAACGUUGAUUUUCUAGUAAUGUCAAAUGUAACUCAUUUGUUUUGUUUUUGUGUGGUGUAAUCACUAAGAAAAAUGGGAUAGAUAAAUAUUCAAUCUUGAAUAAGCUUAAUGUAACCAAAUAAUGAGCCAAAAGAAGUGGAAGCGUGUACUAUAUCUAGUUGAUAAUAAAUACCUCCGUAACGCACAAAAUAGUUAUUUGCAGUAGGGGAAGCUUCCUAGUCAAACAUCACAGUUGCCCAAAUAGACACUUUUAGGAACUAGUCACUUAAGAUUUAAAAAAUGGGAAGUGCUUCCUCCAAAUUCCGAAAACACAUUCAACAUGGAGAUGAAUAUGCUGCAAUGCAAGUUUACCACAAUUCCCCUGAACUCAGAAAGUCUCUUGAUCCUAAUUUGAGUUAUGGGGAACAUCAUCAACACAACACUGCAAUGCAUUAUGCAUCAAAACAUGGAAUGAAACAUUUACUAAGAAUAUUUUUAACUGACUUGCAUGGAAAUCCAAACAAGCGAAAUGCUAGAAAUGAAACAGCUCUUCAUCUUGUUUGCAAGCUGUCUUUAAAUGCUCCACCUUCUGCACAAGACAGGCGACUUGCCUGUGCUCAUCUUAUUUUGCAGUGGAAAGGAGGAUUCAGUGCUGUGUCAGGAAACAUUGAACAGGCUGAUCUCAAAGCCCAAGACAUGCAUGGUAAUACAGUCUUGCACCUAUCAGCUGGAUCAGGGUUGGAUAGAGUAGUUGAGCUGCUGGUUUCUCAUGGUGCCCCUUUAUUUCUUGAAAAUUCUGAAAGACUCACGCCUUGCGACGUGGCAAUGAGGGCCAAUUUCCACGAUAUCGCACUAUUCUUGGAAUCCCGAAUGGUUUUUGCCGAUGCACCAAUUGAAAUGGGGACCGACUUGAGAGUAGAAUCCAGUUAUGCCCGUGGAACCCCAUCGGUCAUUGUUGGCGCUUCUCACUCGACUAUAGACACUGACGAAGUGUAUACAGGACUUCGGGCCCAAGACUUACAAGAAGCGAAAGAUCAACUGGUAGUUGAAACUGCUGAUAUGCUUCACAUUCCACUUUUCACAGCCGAAGCCUUGUUAAGAGACAACGAAUGGUCUCGGGAACUGCUACUUGAAAAGUGGAUGAUUGAUCCAGUCCUCUGUUGCGAAUCCAUGGGACUUCAGACCCCCCUAUCAGCUCUUCGCUUCCGUAAUUCGUUGCCGUGUGAAGCUGUUAACAUUCUUGAGGCUAGCUUAGAAUAUCUCGAGGCACCUCCCACUUCACCCUGCAGAUCAAGAAUUUCCGACCAAAUAGAAGAUUUCCGGGAUGAAUGUUGUGACAUUUGUUUAGAAGUAAUAGAGCAGGGUUCAUCUCGUGUUUAUAUUUCUUGUGAUCAUUCGUUCUGUCGCCGAUGUUGGUCGAGUUACCUUACUUUGAAGAUCAUCGAAGGUGACGCGAAUCAUGUUACUUGCCCCGCACUUGGCUGCUCGAUGCUAGUUCCCGUCGAAUUAAUUGAAAGUCUAGUGUCAAAAGAGACAGCUAAGAAAUAUUUACAUUUCGAUCUGAAUUCGUUCGUUGCAACUAAUCCGACCAUCAAAUGGUGUCCUGGCACUGGUUGUGGUUUUGCUGUUCGUUUACCUGAAUCUGAGCAGGGCCAGCCGAACGUCAUGAACAUAUUCUCGCCAAAAGCACCUCCUCGUACAUCUCAUGCUGUUGAUUGUGGAAACGGACAUUUCUUUUGUUGGGAAUGUCUCAGUGAGGCUCACGCUCCAAGUGGUUGUGAACAAUGGGUUCAGUGGCUGCAAAAAGUAGCUGAAGUUCGACCGGAAGAACUCAAAUCUACAUGUACUGAAAGUGAAGAUGCAGCCAACUGCUAUUGGCUCGUAACAAAUUGCAAAGCUUGUCCGAGUUGCAAGAGUCCCAUCCAAAAGAACGAAGGGUGCAAUCACAUGAAAUGCUCAAAAUGCAAAUUUGAUUUCUGUUGGGUGUGUCUCGAUUCUUGGAAAAAGCACAGUUCAGCAACGGGUGGCUAUUUUCGCUGCAAUCGCUAUGAAGCAAUGCACAAAGCGGAUGAAAAACAAGGUUCUAUGAUAAGCGAAGCUGGGCAGCGCAACAAACAAUUACAAGAAUUGAAUCGGUUCAUUCAUUAUUACACUCGCUUUAAGAAUCAUGAAAAUUCACGUUUGCUAGAAGAGCCAUUGCUGACUUCCGCUCGUAGAAAAAUGGAGUUACUGGCUGCAUCUUUGCCUGCAGCUCGUAGCCCUGUGCUUGGACACUCUGACUUAAAAGAUGUGACCGCACACCGAUCUUCAACGAGCAGUGUCCCAGCUUGCACUCGAUUUAUUGAAGAGGGUAUCCGGGAAUUGCUGAAAGCAAGAAGAAUAUUAUGUGGCUCAUACGUUUAUGGAUAUUAUCUGGAAGAUAACGGCUACAACAAAACUAUAUUCGAAUUCAUGCAGAAUGAACUGGAAUCGUUUACUGAAAAACUGUCUGAGAUGGUUGCACGUCCUUACUUGCGCACACCCCGUUCGACGAUCGUCGAUAUGACACUGAAAGUACGAAGAAAGCGCCAUGAAUUCAUACGCGCUGUCUCAAAAGGUCUAAUACCACCCGAGACACCACCUGCUUUGCGGCGAGUGCGACGACGGAGAUUUCCUGGUCUCAUGGGCAUGGAUCCAAUUGAAGAUGAUCAAAUUACUGAAGCGAUAGCUAUAUCGCUGCGUCAGCUAGAUCCCAACAAUCCCUGGGUAAAGGAUAGCCAGGGGCGACACACAAACUUGAGUGCUAUAUACGAUUGGCCUGAUGCGAAUUCGGAUGAAGAAGAUUCGGAUGUAAAUCAAGUGAGAAACGAAGCUUUGACCGUGAGUUUACUGGGUGUUUGCGAUCGCGAAGGAUGCGGGCGACCUCGAGCGCGAAAUCCACGAAACGGAAAGAUCCAUCCUUUUUGUAGUCUUCGCUGCAGCCGCAGCGAAUCUCUUGAUCAACCUUCUGUGGCCCCUACUGAUUUUGCCAUGGAUUUAGUCAUUGCUUUGGAGAUGUCUCGUCUUCAGUUGAUUGAAGACGAAGUUCGCAAGCAGAACCAUGACCAGACAGCAACUAGCAACACUGAGUUUCAAUCGCCCUCAGUGGAUGGCUAUUCAGAAGAUGCACAACUACGUUUGGCAAUUUUCUUGUCCUUGGAAGAGUCGGGAAGACUUGCCACGGAAUCCGGUGUGGCCGCCGCUAGUCAAACGGCCGAAUCUUCGGUUGAUAACUUUUUGAAAAACCUGGCGCAAAAACAGGAAUUGUCUCUCAAGAAUUAUCGUCUUAAUCAGCUAGAUCCUAAUAGCAGAGAUUCCAAGACUUUAAAGUCCCUUUUUACUCCAACUGAGAAGCACGGAGAGAGUGAAGGCCGUUUUGAAAUUUCGGAACUCCAUCAAAAUGCCGGGUUUUUUUCCUCGUCUCUUGGUGAAGACCAACAGCUGGAUACAGUCUCGGAUGGCGCCGUUUCCUCACUUCCUUUUCCCAAAAGGUCUCACUCUGCUUGUGACAUCAGAACCGGUGUACACAUACGCUGCCCGUCUUUGGAGCUCGAGUCCCACGACUGCAUUCACGAACUAGUGGAAGGUAUUUCACAAGGCCCCCCGACUCGAACGCUUCUUCGCCUGCAAAGCCUUGGAACUGAUUACGGUAGCGACGAGUUUGGGACUUGUACAUCUUCGGAGGAAAAUGGGCAAGCAAAAGAGGAGGAAAUACAAAUUCCAAUAAGGAAACUGAGCAAACCAAAGCUUGUUCGCCAGGCGAACGUUUCUGGAAAAACAGAAUUGUCCUGCUGCUCCCAUUCAGCGCAUCCACCAUUCAAGCAUUUGCCCCUAGUAGAAUCUGAAUCUUUUAAUUCCGAAAACACGCUUCCGACACCAGCAGAUGAAGACCAAUCUUAUGACCAGGGAAUACCACGUUCGCCUACUUUAUACUGUACCACUACAUACAUCAGCGGCGUGGCUAUAUCGCGAACACCUGAACCUGGCGCCCAAUCGAAUGAAUCUUUCGAUGGAUUGGUGAAAUCAGGAAGAGGAAAUCGUUCAUCAAGUUUAACGACAGCCGCUCUUCGAGGCAUUCUCCAAAUUCAUCCGCUAGGCCGAGGCUUGUCAAAAUCCGCUGGCCGUUUGAAUAUAAACAAUUACGUCGUCAAAGACGGCAAUAGCCGCAAAAAGAAACGCAAGCAUAUUCGACGAUUGACCAUGCCCGCUAUGCUUUGCUCAGAUAAUUGUGAAGGGUCCCUUUCUCCUUUCCCCUCGCCAUCACCACGUAUCAUUUCGCGGUCGGCGUGUGAGCCGCAGCGGGACAAAGAGGUAUUUUAUUUCCCGAAAUCACCCACUGAAAGCCAGUUGAGCACCGUGUUGUUGGUGAGGGAUUUUAAUAAGCGAGAUGCUUUUCACGAGGCGUUGUUUCUUCCUCGCGAACAAAAGCGUAAACGUUCAAAAAAGAUUUUAGCAACUUCUACUGCUACGUCGGUACCAACCGAACUCUCCAAGCACGACACCUCAUGCGAGGUGAACUCGGAUAGACGCGAAGAAAAACAAAGUGGCUCACAAGAAUCGUCUGUUUUAUGAAGCAGUUGUUCUACACCUCAUAUGCUCGUUUAUACUUUUUCACAAUUCUAUAUUUGUCAAAAAGCACAAAAAGCUUAAUCGACCCCAAACCAUAUGUCUUAAUGGAGUUUGACCAAUCAAAUGUUUGAUGUCACAAAUUUAUAUAUUAUUAUCGUUUAAAAGUAACAUUUUUUAACGCCUACGUCAGUUAUUAAUGCUAGUCUAGCCCCAAAAAAUCUAUCAUUUCAAGCUAAAUCUCUUGAGUUUUGUGUUGCUGGUUACCAGUCAGCUAUAUUGGUGGGUGUGUUGUUAUGUGAGGCUGCUUGGAGUCCAUCUGUUUGAUUGUAUUUUUUUUUCUCUUCAUGUCAAUGGGAUUUAAUUCUAUGCCUAUAUAUGUAGCCACAUUUCUCAUAUCAUAUACCUCCUCAAGGUCUUCUAAGGUAUCUCUCAGCUCAUGGACCAACAGUGAAUUUCUGAUUCAAAAAUUAAUUUCUUCUUCCCUCUUUGUAUUUCUCUACAGUAUAUACCAUUACACUUCUGAAUCUUA